AUGCAAAUCCCUAAACAGCAAAAUAGUACGACACCGGCUUCGAGCAAUGUGCAGAAGGGCAAGGCUAAAAUGACUCAGGCUAACAGUCCAAUGCCGGGUCCCGUGAACGGUGGUCGCCGAAAUGGUGACUCACCUUCACCACAAUUACCGAUGCAGGACGAGAGAUUUCAACGCGUGAUACGUCUUGCUAAUGAACGAAUAGAUACAUAUGAAAUAAAACGAAAAUUGACCGAUUUUUUGGGGGAACACGCGAGCACCUAUUGGAAUGCCAUUAAAAAUCUCAUUUACUGCAAAAUUCGUCGCCAGGAUUUUGAACGAACUGUGAGACCACUUCUUGAUAGUGAACAUUUUGAGCUUCACAACAUGAUGUUGUUUGCAAUUCUAAACAAUUGCAUUUAUGAUGAUCCGCCACCACCGCCAGACCAGCUUGCGAAUCAAAGGAAACGAGGUCGUGAAGGGGAUGAUGAUCUGAAGAUGAAAAAAAGCGACGCUGCUCGGGAUCCGAAGAAACGAAAAAUGAAAGAACUCAUUAUGUCUUUACCCAAAGAGGAUCGAGAAAGGAUAAAGGCUAACAAGGGCGUUGGUCGGAUUGAAAAUACACAAAGCGAUAUAUAUUUACCUUUGCCACCACCUGGUCCUGAACGAUUACCGAUAUAUAACUUCGAAGAACAACAAUUGAAAUCACAACUCGAUCCGGAUAGAGUACCGACAUGUCAUCAAAUGAAAGCGUUGCCAGAUCACAGUACUUUAUUCGAAAUGAUAAGUCAGAUUGCGAAUUCUCAUGGCAUUAAGAAUGUUUCCAAAGAUUGUGCGGACUUGCUUAACUACGGACUGGAAUCCCAUUUGAAGAAUAUUAUUGGUAAUUGCCUGCAGAAAUCACGGUCUAAUGGAUCACUUAGUGGAGGUUCAUUGGGGAUUCGGAAUGGUGAGCAAAGAUAUUGUCGGACACCAAACCAACAGAAAAACACGAUAACGGCUCGCGAUCUCGCUUUUUCCUUUGAAAUGUCACCGCAUAUCCUUGUGCAGCCUGGUAUGGCACGCGAAAGAUUAACGUCUGUUGCUCUUAGAGAUAACGAAGACUACGAGACGGACGAAGAGUAUGACGAAGAAGAUGAGGACGAAGAUGAGGAAAACGUCGAAGUAGUAUGA